AUAUAAUUUGGACUCCCAAGAUUAUAAAGGCACAAUUGUUUAAUGGUUUUGGACAUAAAAGAGAGAGACAUAGUUUAUUUGCUUGUAGACUUUUAGAUGGAUAGAAGAUAGAUCAUAGAGAAGAGUAAGAGAAGCAGUGAACUAGUUGGUUGUUGUUGUUGUUGUUGCUGUUGUUUUUGUCACCAAACUGACCUUUUUAUGGGACCUUGAAAUCCUUCUGCCUCUAGGCUCAACUGGGUCACUCUCUAUUUUUGUUUUGAGGUCCUACUCUUGCUCCUGUUCUCCCAAUUGCUCUUCUCGGUGCCUCUUUUCUUACCUUGUGUUUCUUCUCUCUCUUUUCUAUGCCUUCUUUUCUACUCUUUAUCCUAAGAAAAAUCUUUUUUUUUUUUUGGUCAUAUGUUCAAGGUUUAGGCUUUGUGUUUUGAUUGUUUCGAUCUUCUAAAGGGUGUUGUUGUUAGAGGUGGAUGUUUAUCUUAAAGCAACUGGGUACUUUUGUUUUGUCAGUCAAAAGGGUGGUUUUGUGUUUGAUUGAUUAAGAGCUUUGUGAUUUUUGACUUUGUGAUUAAGAUUUAUUCAUGCUUGGUCCAAGACAAUGGAGAUGUUUAUGGCCAGAUUUUUAUUUCUUUAGCAUUCAAUACAUUAGCUUGGUGAAAUAACAUGAAGAAUCUUCUCAAGAAGCUUCAUGUCAUGGCUAAUCCAUCGGAAGAUUCAGAAAGAUCUGCUUCAUCAAAGAUUAGUAAGUCCCAUGAAUCAUCAUCAUCUUCUUCUUCAUCAUCCCUUCGUAAUCCUGAGAAUAAAUCCAUUUCUGGUCUUUCAAAUUGGUUAAAUUCAGCUAAAAAUAAAAAAAGUCCAAGUCCACCAUCUUCCUCAAAUGUGACAAAAGCUGAAAGAACAACUGAGGCAGUUGACUUGGUUAGUGCUAGUGGCUCAGAUGUUGUUUUGGAUACUGCGAGGCGCGACUCAGGGUCCACCAACUCCAGGGAUCCUGAUAUAGAGGAAGAGUAUCAGAUUCAAUUGGCUUUGGAGUUGAGUGCGAAGGAGGAUCCUGAGGCUGUUCAGAUUGAGGCUGUUAAACAAAUCAGUUUAGGUUCUUGUGAUCCUGGAAAUACUCCUGCUGAAGUUGUCGCAUAUAGAUACAGGAAUUACAGUUCUCUUAGCUAUGAUGACAAGAUCUUGGAUGGAUUUUAUGACCUGUAUGGAAUAUUGAUGGCGUCCUCCUCAGACAGAAUGCCAUCCCUUGUUGAUUUGCAAGGAACACCUGUUUCAGAUUGUGUCACUUGGGAAGCGGUUUUGGUCAAUAGAGCUGCUGAUGCAAAUUUGUUAAACCUUGAACAGAAGGCCCUUGAGGUGGCUGUCAAGUUAAGAUCACGAACUCUAGCUUCUGUGAGCAGAGAUUUAGUGCAAAAGCUUGCUGUUUUAGUUGCUGAACACAUGGGUGGACCAGUUGAGGAUCCUGAAAACAUGUCAAGAGGAUUUCAAAGUUUUAGUUACAGUUUGAAAGCAACUCUUGGUAGUAUGGUCUUGCCACUUGGUUCCCUGAAAAUUGGUUUGGCUCGUCACCGUGCAUUGUUGUUUAAGGUUAUCGCUGAUAGUGUGGGCAUCCCCUGCCGGUUGGUGAAGGGACUGCAAUAUACAGGUUCUGAUGAUGUGGCAAUGAAUUUUGUUAGGAUUGAUGAUGGAAGGGAGUACAUUGUUGACCUAAUGGCAGAUCCUGGAACUCUUAUUCCUUCUGAUGCAGUUGGAUCACAUAUAGAUUAUGAUGAUUCUUUUUACUCAGCCAGUCCUUUAUCCAGAGACAUUGACUCAUCUCAUGUAGCCUCCUCCAGCAGUGGGGUUGGGAGCUCAUUCGAAGAACAUUCUGAGAUUGGGACAUCUGACAAGAGAACCAGGUUCAGGAGUUCUGUUGCUAUAGCUGGUCAAUCUGAAGACUCUGGAAAAUUUGGUACUUCUUCAAAUUUUCCUGAAACAAUUAGAGGUGAGGAAGAAUCCAAUAAAAUUCCUUCCAAUAUUGAGAGGGUGCCAGCACAAGAAUUUCCGGGCAGGUCUAGUUAUCCUUUUACACAUGCAAGAUCUCCUUCCUGGACUGAAGGUGUUAGCUCUCCGGCAGCACGUAGAAUGAAAGUGAAAGAUGUUUCACAGUACAUGAUUGAUGCUGCCAAAGAGAAUCCACAAUUGGCUCAGAAGCUUCAUGAUGUGUUGCUUGAAAGUGGUGUUGUUGCUCCUCCAAAUUUGUUUACUGAAAUCUGUCAAGAGCAAUUAGAUGCAUCCACAGCCGAGGUCAGGUCUCCAACUGAAAUGAAGGAUGAAUAUAAACGGGGUAUUGAAAGCAGAGAAAGUAAGGAUCAAGAUGAUCUGAGUCCACCUCGUUUUUUGCCUCCGCUACCCCGUCAUAGAGUGCAUUCUAAGGCAACUCCUCAUUUUGACCAACCUGAGUAUGUUAAUAAGCCCAACGAAGGUUUAGGGUUCAAUUUUUCUGAUAUAAGGGAAGGGACUGGACAGCCUACCUCACUGCAGUCUGAUGCGACACCCGUAAAAUACUGUAAAGAUGUCCCUGUUGCUGCUGCGGCAGCUGCAGCAGCAGCUGCUGUUGUUGCAUCUUCAAUGGUAGUAGCUGCAGCAAAGUCAAACACUGACUCAAAUAUUGAACUGCCUGUGGCUGCUGCAGCCACUGCUACUGCCGCAGCUAUGGUAGCAACAACUGCUGCUGUGACAAAGCAGUAUGAGCAGGGUGCACGAAGUGAUGGAGAUACAGAUUCUGCUGGUAAUGAGCCAUGUGAUAGUGGAGGACAGGAACAUGGUUCUUUUAGGCAAAAUACAGAAGGUGAGAGACUAUUGGAUAGGUCAGCUGGCAAUGAGAGCACAAAAUCUGAUCUUGAUGAUGUUGCGGAAUGUGAGAUUCCAUGGGAGGAACUCACCUUGGGUGAACGUAUUGGACUAGGAUCAUAUGGAGAGGUAUAUCGAGGGGAAUGGCAUGGAACUGAAGUUGCUGUGAAGAGGUUCCUAGACCAAGAUAUUUCUGGCGAAUCACUAGUAGAAUUCAAAAAAGAGGUGCUAAUCAUGAGAAAGGUUAGGCACCCAAAUGUUGUUCUCUUCAUGGGAGCUGUAACUCGUGUUCCAAAUCUUUCAAUUGUUACAGAAUUUCUUCCUAGAGGUAGUUUGUAUAGGUUACUUCAUCGUCCAAGCAAUCAGUUAGAUGAGCGGAGGCGCUUGAGGAUGGCCCUGGAUGCUGCUCGGGGAAUGAAUUACUUGCACAACUGCACACCGGUAAUUGUACAUCGUGAUUUGAAGUCUCCAAAUCUUCUAGUUGAUAAAAAUUGGGUCGUCAAGGUAUGUGAUUUUGGAUUAUCACGGAUGAAGAACAGCACAUUUCUCUCUUCAAGGUCAACUGCUGGAACGGCCGAGUGGAUGGCUCCAGAAGUGCUUAGAAAUGAACCUUCAGACGAAAAGUGUGAUGUUUAUAGUUUUGGGGUCAUACUAUGGGAGCUAUCAACGAUGCAACAGCCAUGGGGGGGAAUGAACCCAAUGCAGGUUGUUGGUGCAGUAGGAUUUCAACACCGUCGACUGGACAUUCCAGAUAAUAUGGAUCCAGCCAUUGCAGAUAUAAUUCAGAAGUGUUGGCAGACAGAUCCAAGGUUGAGGCCAACAUUUGCAGAAAUCAUGGCAGCUUUGAAGCCAUUGCAGAAACCUAUAACCAGUUCACUAGUGCCCAGACCAUCUGCAUAACUAGCCAAGACAGGAGUCACAUAUCAAGAUCAGUAGAAGACUCAACAGGCGAAAAUAUCAAAGUUUAAAAACAGACUGAAUUUCGGCGCAUUGGAUUGCCAAAACAUAUUGGUGAGUGCUGGAAUGUUGGAACAGGUAUAGGAAGACAACAGAUUUGAUAGAAAAUGAUGACCCCAAACAGACACUACACUUGAGAUGAUUGUGAUUCUUUCCUUCUUUCUUUCUUCUUUUUCAGCAUUGCCCUUUCCACAUUUUGUAUUCUUAUUGGUGCAGAGUCCUCAAACUUGUGAAUUUGUUUGUAAAAAAUGGUUCAAUUCCAAUUGCUGUAAUCUGUUUUGCAUU